CUCAGGACAGCCAAUGAGAAGCCAAGAUCCGCCUCACGCUCUGGUCGCCGCCCUUCCCCUCCCAAUAGGAAACGGCUUCCCCCUUGCCCAAUGAUUCAGGCACCGCUCUCACGUGUGUUGCGUGAAGCGGGGAAAAGAGGGUGAGGAGGGUGUGGGUAACCUUUGCCUCAGUUAAGCGUUGAAGUCUUCGCUCCCCCCUCUACCACCUGUUAGCCAAUGAAAGGCGGGAGCCGGGAGACUCGUGACCAAUAGUCGUUGGAAGAAAAGAGCUAAGGGGUGUGGCCUAGAUGCGGGGGCCGGCGCGGCGGAGGUGCCGUUGCCGGGCUCGAGGGGGGCAGCAGAGCGGCUCCGGUCGGGCAGCCCAGCGGAGAAGAUGGCGGAGGACGCGGGCGGCGGGACGGAGCUCCGGCUUGGCAUGAGUCUGGCGGAGGUAGCCCAGCUGAUAGGCUCCUCGGAGCAGGCGCUGCGCCUCAUCCUGUCCAUCUUCCUGGGGUACCCUUUUGCCUUGUUCCAGCGCCAAUUUCUUUUUCAGAAGAACCUUUACCUCAUUCACCUGUACAACACAUUAACGGGCCUCUCGCUUGCCUACUUCAACUUUGGGAUACAGUCCUGCCACUCCUUCAUAUGUGUCUUCGUUCAGUUUCUCAUACUGAGGCUCAUGGGCCGUACAGUCACUGCCAUUGUCACUUCCUUCUGCUUUCAGAUGACAUAUCUGCUGGCUGGAUAUUACUUUACUGCUACAGAACAGUAUGACAUCAAGUGGACCAUGCCACACUGUGUCUUGACUCUCAAACUGAUUGGUUUGGUCAUAGAUUACUAUGAUGGCAGGAAAGAAAUGGCGGCCCUCAGUCCAGAACAGCAGCGAUUUGCUGUAAAGGGAGUUCCUACUUUAUUGGAGGUCUCUGGCUUCUCCUAUUUUUACGGUGCCUUCAUGGUGGGGCCUCAGUUCUCCAUGACCCAAUAUCAGGACCUAGUAAAGGGAGAGUUGACUGAUGUUCCUGGCCAAAGACCCAGAAGCUUUGUGCCUGCUCUUAAGUGUCUGACCAUGGGCCUGUGCGUCUUGGUAGUCUACACUAUAACAAGCCCAUAUAUCCCUGAAGAAUACCUCGUCUCUGAUGCUUAUCUGGAACAGCCCUUCUGGUUCCGCUGCUUUUAUAUCCUGAUCUGGGGCAAGGUGAUGCUCUACAAGUAUGUCACCUGCUGGCUGGUCACGGAAGGAGUCUGCAUCCUCACUGGUCUUGGCUACAACGGCAAGGAUGCCAAGGGGGUGCCAAAGUGGGAUGCUUGUGCCAAUAUGAAAGUCUGGUUAUUCGAGACAACUCCUUACUUUACAGGAACCAUUUCCUCUUUCAACAUUAACACCAAUGCCUGGGUGGCCCGCUAUAUCUACAAACGACUAAAGUUCCUGGGUAACAAGUUACUGUCACAAGCCAUAUCUUUAUUUUUCCUGGCACUCUGGCAUGGGCUGCAUUGUGGUUACUUGGUGUGCUUCCAAAUGGAGUUCCUUAUUGUCAUGGUUGAGAGACAGAUGAUUGACCUUGUACGAGACAGUCCCCCUCUGAGUACUUUGUCUUCUAUCACCAUCUUGUGGCCUGUCUUCUAUGUGGUUCAGCAAGCAAUCCAUUGGAUGUUCAUGGGUUAUUCUUUAGUGCCAUUUUGCCUUUUUACUUGGGAAAAGUGGAUCAAGGUAUACAAGUCUAUUUAUUUCAUGGGCCACAUCUUCUUCUUCACAUUACUGUUUGUAUUGCCUUACAUACGAAAAAUACUUGUGCCACGGAAAGAAAAAUUAAAGAAAGCAGAGUAACAGCCAAAAGAUUGUACCAUGUGUGCAUUUGUUAUGAGGAUGGUAAAAGCAUUACCUACCAAACCUACAGCAUUCAGACUUUCAGAGUGACAUGGUGGGGAAGAGCACAGGGGCCAAGACCCCAGAAUGAAGGGAACUGGCUCCAGAUUCCCUCAUCCUUUUACAUGUUGCCUUAUCUCUUUACUUCUCCCCACGGACACUCCUGCCUCUGGAAAUGUUGGAUGAUUGUAAAGCACUCAAUGCAGCUGCCAUCUUGGAAUGGAGCCACUGCCUGACUUUUUCUACCUUCCACUUCUGCUAGAUAAAAUUGGUCCCAGUUGGUUUUUCA